CUCUUCACUGUCCGUUUUCAUCGCUAAAGAAGAAGAACAAGAAGCCACCGACGAACCGCCGGACCGGACCAACCGCCGGAGCAGAAGCAACCACCAACUCCGACGAGAAGAGAGCCAGAGCCAGAGCGAGAGAGAGCUUGUUUUUUCAUGGCAAUGGCCGGAUUCCAUUCUCCGACCUUCCUGAUCUGCGCCGCCGUGUUUGUGGUCUUCACCUGCUCCUCAACCGCCGUUCACGGCGGCCUCGGGAUCCACCACAGCCUCGCAUGGAUUCCGGACCAAUCGUCCUGCAAGGGCUCCAUAGCAGAGUGCUUCGGCGGCGAGGAGUUCGAAUUUGAUUCGGAAAUCAGCCGCCGCAUCCUGGCCACCAGCCAGUACAUCAGCUACGGCGCUCUGAAGAGGAACACUGUGCCGUGCUCUAGACGCGGCGCCUCCUAUUACAACUGCCAGCCUGGAGCUCAAGCCAAUCCCUACGGUCGUGGCUGCAGCGCCAUCACGAGGUGCAGGAGUUGAGUAAUUUGUUUGUUUACUUUGUUUAAUAAUCUCUUUUAUCUCCCUCUAAAUGUUUAUUGAUCUUUUCUCUUUUCUCUGAGAUGGCUGUGAUUGUUAUAUAAAUUGAAAUGGGGAGAUUGAUUAUACAGUGUCGUCGUUGUCGUCUUUGUAAGUGAUGAAAAUUGUUGCUAUUAAUUAAUUAUAUAUCUCUGCUCAAUAAUGUGAUAGUCUUGGUGGCUUGGAUUUGGAGAUUUUCGUUUCUCUUCCUUUUCUUUUUUCCAUUGAUGGGAAAAGAGGAGUUUGCAGAGAAAAGGAGGUAGAAGAAAGGCUGUAAUAAGUUGGAAUUGGAGAGGAUUAUGGAUCCCACUAGAAAACAGUGAGAAUUAAUCGAUUGUUGUUGUUGUAAGUAUAUUUUUCUUCUAGAAAAUGGCCAAGGUUGUUCUGUUUCUGAUGUUA